AGAGGAAAUGUGGACGGUUUAGCUGGCGACGGCUACCGACACCUCCUUUAUUAAAACCUAUUUUAGCGCUAUUUUGUACAUUUUAAUUCUGGUUAGGGACCCAACGAACCCAAAACAAUGAAGGUCUCAAGCAUAGACUGUCGCCGCCUGAGGAAAAUCCUCCGAAAGGAGUGCGGCAAGUGUCUGGUGGUGGACUGCCGACCGUACUUCUCUUUCUCCAGCUCCAGCAUCCGAGGCUCCGUCAACGCCAACCUGAACUCGGUGGUGGUGCGGCGGAGCCGAGGCGGCCCCGUCCCCCUCCGCUUCGUCAUACCGGACGAGAAGGCUUUGUUUCGGCUUCGGCAGGGCAGCUUCUCCGCCGUCGUGGCUCUGGACGACCGGACUCCUCACUUCCAGAAGCUGAAGAAGGACAGCGUCGCUCAGAUAGUCAUAAACAGCCUGGCACCUCACUUAGCGAGCUCCGCUAACAUCUGCUUCCUGAAAGGAGGUUACGAGAGCUUCCAUUCCCACUACCCUGAACUUUGCACUGAGACAAAAGCUGCAGAGCCCUGUGAGACGGAGCGGGCAGCCAGCGGUCACUGCGAGAGGCUGAGCGGCCAGCAGAAGCACAAUUACGAUCAGGGAAAACCAGUGGAGCUGCUGCCGUUUCUGUACCUGGGCAGCGCUCAUCACGCCUGCAGGUACGACUACCUGAGUGACCUACGCAUCACGGCGCUGCUGAACGUGUCACGCAGGGACUCACGGCCGACCAAAGGUCAGCAUCGCUACAAAUGGAUCCCGGUGGAGGACAGCCACACGGCCGACAUCAGCUCGCACUUUCAGGAGGCCAUAGACUUCAUCGACGAGGUGAAGCAGGAGGGUGGUAAAGUGCUGGUUCACUGCGAGGCUGGAAUCUCCCGCUCGCCCACCAUCUGCAUGGCCUACCUCAUGAAAACGCAAAGACUGCGGCUGGAGGAGGCGUUCGACAUCGUCCGGCAGCAUCGCUCCAUCAUCUCGCCCAACUUCAGCUUCAUGGGUCAGCUGCUGCAGUUCGAGGCCGAGGUUUUAUCGUCCACUCCGCCCUCCGCUCCGCCGGCCACGGCGCCGUGCGAACAGGAGGCGGCGUCCUUCUUCAACAAUAACAACAACAACAUCGACAACAAGAACAGCAACAGCCAGUUCACGUUUGACGAAAGCUUCGAAUCCUCCGUGUUCUCCUUCCCUACCUCCUUCCUUCCCUCACCGUUCAAACUCAGUCCCAUCACUGCCCUGCCUUAGCGGGACCAUCGGCGUCCCGUCUCUCUGACUACUUGAAAGAUAAAUAAAGGCAAGCAUAACAAGCAAUGGAACAGCGAGGAAGGAAAAAAGAGAAAGACUUUGUGUUAUUUAAAAGACUGAGUGUCUGAGUCCGGUUACGGAAAUGUGUUAUUUUCAUUGAUGUUGUUUGCCUUAGAAAGAGUCGCUCUGUGCAGCGAGUACACUGCAAUACAAGCCUUAGUUUAAUCAUGUUAUUUCUGCCUAUUCCGCCCUCCAGGCAUUUCAAAUUAAAUUAUUGAUUUUUUUAAAAAGUGGUUUCCUUUUUUAUGAAGUGUGGACCUGUUAAUAAAUGUUUUUACAGAAAAGUA